UUAAGCCAAUCAUCAAUCAAGAAUUCUCCUCCCACUGUGGGGAGGUGACUCCAUAUAAAUCCGGUUUCCGUUCUUUGACACUAACCCAGGUUGGGAGAGCUGGACCCAGCCAGUCAUCCUCCUGGCUUCAGAGUCCCCUCGGCCCCUGAAGUCCACUCGUCUGGCUGGGAGUCCCAAGGAGCCGCCAUCAUGCCCUCCUCUCCGCUCAGGGUGGCUGUGGUCUGUAUGAGUAACAUGAACAGGAGCAUGGAAGCCCACAGCAUCCUCAUGAAGAAAGGGUUCAGUGUCAAGUCUUUUGGAGCCGGAUCCUGUGUGAGGCUCCCAGGACGUGCAAGCAACCUCCCCGUGGUUUAUGAUUUUUCCACCAAGUAUGAGCAGAUGUGCAAGGACCUUCUCCACAAAGAUGGAGAAUGUUAUAGAAGCAAUGGCGUCUUACACAUCUUGGGAAGAAACGAGAGAAUCAAGCCUCACCCGGAAAGAUUUCAAGAGUGCAGGGAUCCCUUUGAUGUCAUCUUCACCUGUGUGGAGAACGUCUAUGACAGGGUGGUGGCAGAUCUGUGCGCCCGAGAGCAGGAGACCUGUCAGCCUGUGCACGUGAUCAACGUGGACAUAGACGACACCCUGGAGGACGCCACUCUUGGAUCUCUGAUCAUCUGUGAGCUCUGCCAAGGUCUCCAGCAGGCGGAUGACAUGGAAAGCAGUCUGGCUGAGCUUCUCCUGGCAGCAGAGGGGAAAACAGGAAGGAGUUUUCUGCACACGGUCUGCUUCUACUGAAGAUCUUGGCUGGUUUGAACCCCUUCGUCGAGACACCCCAGCCAGGGAAGGAAGUGGAGGAGAAAAGCAUUUUAUGGGAAAUGGAACACGGACUACCACUAGGCAUAAAACCCUUCCAACACUGGGGACAGCAUUCGAGGUACUUUCCUUGGAAGAGACAAUUCAGUGCUCACAUUGUUCCGUGAGGAAGUGAACAUCCAGGAACUCCACUUCCAGAUGAGCAAACCAUGGCCGAUCCUCCGAGUCUCCCCCCUUCACCUUCGUCACAUAAUAUGGCACCAGUUUGUGUACUAGUCUUCAAGGGUUGGCUUAAAGAAGUAUUUCUCAAUUCUUCUGAAACAUGGUGCUCCCCUCUGGUCUUGAUUAUAGUUUGAGCCCAAGAUCUUGCUCUUCGACGUGUGUUAGAAUGUUUCAGGUCUGGGUCACUGAUGCUAACAGAAAAAAUUUCACGCUAUAUCUAAGUUCUGAGUACAUUUUAAUUUAUGCCUGUUUUUUCCUACCAUGACUUUUCUCUUAUGAACAUCCUGCUUCCCUUGUGCUCUUGAAGCCCUGCUUGGAAUGAAUUCCCAGGGACUUCCAAGGUCCAGCCAAGGCUCAGGACCCUCUGCUUUGAGACAGCUGAUCUCAUGCUUUGGUGCACAUCACAAUCAUCUGAAGGGCUUCGUACAUCCCAGAUCUCCAGGCUCGACUCCCAGAGUUUCUAAUUUGGUGGUCUGGGGUCCAAAUUUGCCUUUGUCUCACGUUCCGGGUUGAUGUUAAAGCCCUGGGUCUUGGAUUCACGCUUUGAGAAGACCGAGUGUGUUUACCGAGGUAGGACUCUUUGCAAUGUGACAAUCACUAUAAUUGACAGAGGCACAGGGACAUAAAAUCUGUGGCUUUCUAAAUGGAUGUUCCUCCUGUACCAUUUUGAAGUGACAGGACUCUCUCUCCUUCCUGUUUGGUGUCCCGUUCAUGAGUUUUACCUCUAUGUCCUUUGCUCAGUCAACUGUGCAAACUAACAAAAGGAAUGGAGCUAAAAAUGACUAUUUCAGUAUAGAAUGGUCCAACAGAGCCGUACUUGAAGACAUGGGAGAGCCAGUGGAGGCCGCUCCAGUCCCUGGAGAAACAUCAUGAAUUCAAGAAAAUCAAUUAGAGGAUGUGUAGUGUUCUUGUAACUACUGAAACACUGUCAGCAGGGAUGUUUUCCAGGAGUCGCUUUUUACACUGGUGAAUCAUUUUAUUACUUUAUGGGCAAAACUAUAGGAAUCCUCCUGAGAUUUGACACAAUUACAC